AGCUGAUUGCUAAGAAUGACCUGAUAGCCGAAAAAAUGCAGGCAUCGCUCAACAUGAUUGAAAAAAUUAUGGAAGGAGCGAACAAAAUGAUGGAGCAAAUGGUCAGAGUGUCGGAGGUCAACCUGGAAGAACAGAGAGUUAAACUUAGAUGUUUAGAGGUAACUAAAAAUAACACACAAAGUUUAGAGAAUUUAGAGGAAAGCCAUGUUCAAAAGUCAAAAGAGUUAGAGUUAAAUAAUAAAAAGAGAAAAUUAGAGGAAAUGAUCCAUGGAUCUGAGCAUAAAGGAAAAGAGGUAGUUAAUAAUAAUAAAAGUCUAGAGGUAAUUAAGAGUGUAAUUAAAAGUGAAUUAAAUAAUCAAAAACUAAAUAUUAAAAGAGAAUAUAAGCUGACGCAAAAAUCCAACUUCGAUCUCUGGUUAGAUUAUCUAAGAUCAGAAUUAAUGAGUAACGAUUUGCUAGAUGUCAUAGAUUUAGAAGUAGCUGGUCCGGAAAAUCUUACAGAGUCAAGGACAAUUAAAAGAAAUAACCUUGUUAGAGACAUAAUAAUUAAUCAUUUAGAUGAAGAAUACCAUAAGAGAAUUUUACAUGAACGCGAUUCUAGAGUAAUUUUAAAGAAAUUAAGAGGAUAUAAAAAGAGUGAGACAAAUGUUACUCACACAUCCGUAAGAGCUCGUUUAUAUCAAAUGAAGAUGAGAAGAGACGAAAAAGUGAGUGAUUUUUGCGAACGCUUUGACUCAAUUAUUAGAGAAUAUGAGACGUGUGAAGAUGCAGUCCCUCUCACUGAACAAGAAAUCAGAUCUUCGUUCUAUCAGGCUGUGUCUUCUAACAUACCUGAAUUAAGAGGCGUUGAUCUGAUUAGAAGACAUACAAACUUGAAAGAGAUGAACAUAGAUGAAAUAAAAUCAUUCAUCCUACAGUUAGAAGCAGAGAAGAGGUCAGAGGUGAGAGACAAACCUAGAGCCCAGAGAGUAGCCACUAAUAUAAGAGGAAAACCGGAAAACAGAUGUUACCGGUGCAACAAAGACGGUCACUGGGCAAAGGAGUGUCCACUGGCCGAUACAAACACCUGGUUUUGUUACUACUGCCAGAGGGUCAGGACUCACAAAGGGGACGACUGCCCAUUUUCCAAGACUCAGUCCACGGAUAAAUUUAGAGGAAAAAGGUACAAAAAUAAAACGUUUAUAUUAGAAAGAAAACAAAAUAAAAUCAAACGCGAACAUAAGGGCUUUAAGAAAAACAUUAGAGGAAAAACGGUUAAGAAAGAAAAUAAAGAGGACAAAAAGUUAAAGAAAUCAUCAAAAAUCUCAGCAGAUGAAGAAAAACUAGAAUCAGGUAAGAAUAGGUUUUUAAAGAGUUUAGAUGAUCCUAAAGAAUUAAUUAGCUUCAUCGCGGAUUCAGGAGCAACUGAUCACAUUGUAAACACAAAUAUAAUUUUGUCAAAUUUUGAGAAAUGCGAGAAUAAGUUCAUUAAGUGUGCGAACAAGAAUGGGUUUGUUGACCCAUGGUUCAACAUGGGUUGACCUGAUGAUGGAUGGUAGGGGAGAUCUUUUGUUGUAUAGAGAUGAGAAAGAGGGAGAAGACAUUAGAUUAACUAAUGUAAUCACAACAAAGGAUGUAUCCGAAAACCUAUUGUCUUUGAGAAGGUUGGCGGACGCAGGCUUUAGCAUUUAUCUAGAUGAUAAAAUAUUUAGAGUCUAUAAUAAAAUAACCAACAAAAUAGCGUUUGAAGGAGUUUAUGAAAAACCCAACUGGAUAAUACAGUUUAAAGUAAAGAGUAACAAAGUAGAGAAAGAGGGCGACGAUAACUGUGCAGUAUAUUGUUGCAAAGCUAAAAUAAAGUCACAUUGCGAGCAUCCUAAACAAUCGCAUGCAAAAAUUCAAAACAUAGAAUUACCCAACUCGGUGGUAGAAUAUAGAGAAAAUAAGAAUGUUAGGCAUGCGAUUGGGAGGGAGAAUGAAAUGAAGCUCGCAAAUGUGAACGAAAGAUUAGAAUCUGAUCAGAAUACAGACCUUAGCCAAAUCACUAAAAUAGAAGAUGUAGAGUCAUUAAUAGAAUUAGAGGAAAUGGUUAAAAGUUCGAUCACAGAGAAACCAAA